AUGAUGCAGCUGAUCUUUAUGUUAGUUGUUGGUCUAUCAUAUUGUAAGCACUACGUAUAUUUAUCCAAAUCUGAAGCAUCACGCUUUCAAUUCACUGAAGAAGCUCGAACAGCUUUAUGUCCAUUUGUUGGCACUGAAGGAAUGAGAUGCUUUGAUGGUAGUCCUGUAAAGUCAUCUGGCAGAACGUUUGCUUCAAACUAUUUGAAAUUACCACGUGGUGUCGGGAUGAGUGUUGAUCGAAGAUCUGGUCGACUCAUAGCUCCAGCUAUUAAACUAGCGUAUCCAUUUGAAGGCUGUCAUACUUUUUGGACUGAUCCUUUUACAGGAACUGCUUAUGACAGAUCACGUGUCCAAAAUUUUCGCAAUGCUUCACAAUUAAAUAAAGCGUGGCAACGUUCAUUCGCUGAGGGAAUGGUUCGUGGUGGAGAAUUAGCUCGCCCACCUGACCUUUUAGGGUAUUCUAAUAGUUAUUUUAAACGUGAUGAUGCUCUAGCACUUUCUCAACGUGUAAUUGGACUUUAUACACUGACAUUAAAUAUUUCGACUAUUGAGCUUAAUUCGUUCGCACGCGAUGCCGUUUCGAAAUUAACACCAAACUUUGAUCAUGAUCUUUAUGAAGAUUUUCUUGAUGCUUGGGAAACCCAUAUUAUUACUAAGUCGCUUGUGGGUGGUAUGGUAGAACAACGAGCUAUACUAAAACGAUGUUUCGAAGCUGGCAAUGAUCGUAUCUUUGGCCAAUGUAUACCAUUCUCUGAUCGAGAUCCAGGUAAUUUUACUUGUGGGUGCUAUGCUAGUUUUGCACGCAUGAUUUCGAAACGUCGUCUUGGAGGUGAUGUGGCACUCGACAACGAUAAUGAAUGGAAAAGAACGCUCUCCACCGGGCCUGCUCUCCUACAGAUUCUUGAAAUGGUUCCUUGGUAUGAUUUAGUCACUGAUGAAGCUGUGAAACAAAACUUACGUACAAUUAUUCGAUAUCGACAGAGAAACAUCGAUUUAGUCCAAGCAGAAGCUGUUCGCCAAAUCGAUGCACGUUUAUCUCCCUGUCCUAUUAGUAUGCUUAAACGAAUUUUAAUUAUCAGGUAA